AUGCACACGCGGAGCGAGGCGCGCACUGUCAAGCCGAGGCCAGCACCAAUCACCGUCGCCCAUGAUCGUAUUCAGCAACCACUCAGGCACGGUUCGACGUCGUCCGUAGCCUCCACUUCGUGCAGUUCUGGCGUGUCUUGUCCGGAUCAGUACGAGUUAGAUUUGUCUGCUACUGGUCUCACUUCGUCUAGCUUUGACGAGGGGGGCGCAUAUGGUCGAUCUCCCAGAUCAAGUCGACCAGCGAAGCUUCAUUGGGCAAGCACCGAAGGAUUGAGCACGCUACCGACUUCGCCGCUCAGCUGGGCGACCACACCUCUCAGCGCCACCAGCUUCGGAGGCUACGCAACGCCAUACGAUGACGGCGAAGUGCAAGAGCAUCUAGCGGACGCAGAAGAGCCAUCUUGCUCUUCGAGGAGAUCCUCGUCCAGCAUGUCGCGAACAGUGACAGAGCUUGAUAAGUUCAUGCAGCGUGAAAGGCGGCCGUCCAUCGCUUCCAUAGCGUCAAGUGUCGAUUCGACCACGCGAUACAACGACAGCUUGCUACGGAAAGCCGGGCGCAGACUGGGCCUCAAGUCCAGUCAGUCGUCUUUGGCACCUGCUUUCGGCAGUCUUGAGGGGUCGCCAAGGGCUCAGGACAACGGACGGACACCCUCUGCGAGUAGACCUGCUAGCAGUGGCGGCAAGAAAGCGAUGAAAGCUUUCAAGAGUACAGCUGAGCGUCCUAGUGAUCGACACAGGUCAGAAGCGAUCGUCAAGACCGCAUCUACGCAGCCAUCUCCUGUGAUUGCCCACGGCUUGCCGUCGCCAAUGAGCGCGUCUCAGCAAGACGAGCCCACCUCGAGCACUGCUGCUGAUCAUUACGCACAACGGAAAUGGCUUACCAGACGCUCAGUGCAGCCAAAGUCCAAAAGGCCGAUGACUGCAGACUCAAACUCGUCACGAUCACCACGAUCGCCCUUCUUCCCUUUCGGAGCGACCUGCAGUCACCUCAGCUCCUCGUCUCCGAAAUCGACGUCCAUAGCGGAUGUAGUCAAGAGAUUGAGCCCGCCUCCUGUCGGUCUUCCGGUGCUUGACUUUGCAGAGCGUGUUGAGCUCGUCUGUCGAGCUGCCGAGAGCUCGGCAGCACUGGACGCAUCGCCUGGCGGCGCUUGCAAAGACUGCAGGCCGGGAAGCCGAGCUCGCAGAGCCAAUGAGAGUCGAGCCCUCUCUAAAGAGAAAUUGGAGCAGCGAUUCGUUGCGAUCGAACUUCAAGCUCAGAAAGAAAUGUGGCUGCUGUUGGCCAAUCGCGGCGCCUGCAAGGAUGUGAUCGAGUCCUUGCAUUUGCCCCGCGUCUUUCUGGAAGCCAGACAUCGCCUCGGGAUAGACCCCUCGGCUUCGCAAUUCGGCGUUUUCACGAGCUCUUCGCCUCUUCGACCGAGGUUCAUGGAGUCUGGCUUAGUGGUCGCAAGCAGCAGCGAUCUGCCGCCACAGCCUCAGACUGCGCAUCCCAGCAGUGUGGACCCGAAGGCGUUCAGUGCAGCGCGGCACGGUCCUUCUACACCGAAUGGCACCAUCUCACUGACCCCAGCUCCGCGGAAACGUCGCCCACGCACAGCGCCCGAACCCGAGCCUGAGCUGGAGGAAGUACGAGAGCGCGAGCUUCGAACCGAGCACAAGAUCACUCCUGAGCGGCUGGCCGCCUUGCCUAAGGUCAAGCUCACAAAGGAUCAACUUGCAUUGUUACGAAGCAGGGCGCCAAGCACGACGUCGACGCUCCCUCUGCACUUGACGUCCGCUUCACAGCAUCGAGGUGGUGCCGCGACGACGUCUCGAUCGACACAUGAUCCAGCUGCGGCUUUCAAAUCUCGCUCUCAGCACAACUCCUCCCCGAAAGUGUCUGCCCUUGGCGUCUUGACCCCUGCAAACUUUUCGCGCCAGAUCAUACGAGCCCCGCCGUCUGAUUUGAGCUUGGGCGGAGCAAACCCAGCAAGAGUCUCUGCAGAACUUGCCGGGCAUAGCGAUGCCGAGAGCUCAGUGCACAGCAAUUCUUCCGAUUCUCUUCGCCAUGUCACUGCUCCUCGACGCAACCAUCGCGCAGGACACGAUGAUCAGCCCGCCGACUUAGUGUCGUCGCCCAGCAUGAAGAGUUCGCUGAGGGAAAGCGUCGAGACGGCACGGACAGAGGAGACGGCUGGUUCGACACACGACUUUAUCUCGCCCGGUGGCAUGAUUCACGCGCCCACCUUGCACAAUGCACUCGCUUUGGAUCACAAGCACUCGAUGGCCUCUUCUUGA